UCUGAGCUGGGCGGUAUGAGGGCCGCUGUGUGGCUCUGUCAGCCGCUCCUGCUCUGCUCUCUGCUGACCGGAGCAGCGGCGUGCGGCUCCGCCUGGAGCGGCGGCGUGCGGCGACUGGUGUGGGACCUUCUGAGCGCCCAGGACGCGUCUCACCUGGUGCUGGUGCACGACCGAUCACCAGUCGCCGAUGCCUUGUGGCCCUCCUGUUCGACCUGGUCGUCAGAGCUGCGGCGGAUGGGGGUGUACCAGACUGUGCUGAGCACCUCCGCACCGCUGGAGCGACUGGACCGCACCGUGACCUCCCACCAGGGGCAGACAAUGGUGCUGCUGGCCGCCGACACAGACACCAGCCUGGACUUUAUCGUCAGGCUGAAUGGGAGUCACCGCUUGGACGAGUCAUUCCAGUUGCUGGUGCUGGUCAACGGGACCGACUACCGCGCCGCCCUCGCCGAUUGGUACCUUCCAAUCAACAAUCAGCUGGUGCUGGUUGAGCUGUGGCCGGGCUCGGACGGAAGCCUGGACCGCGCUGACCUGCUGGAGACCUACCGUCUGAGUGUCAGUCACCCUGUCCGGUGGCUGCGGCUGGGCCGAUGGAGCGCCUCGGCUAGUCUCUGGGACUGGACCGGAGAGUCCCUGUAUGACAGACGCGGCGACUGGAGCGGUCUGACACUACGGGUGGCCACCAACCAGGAUCCGCCGUUGAUAAGUUUCGAGCCCGGCCCUCCUGACGACGUUGGUGGUUACGUCGGGACCGCCUGGAAGAUUCUAGCAGACAUUCUGCGCUUCAAUUACACGACGCGCCUCUCUGUGGACGGCCAGUGGGGCUCCCAGCUGGGCAACGGCUCCUGGAACGGCGUGAUCGGUAUGCUGGAGCGACAGGAGGUGGACGUGGGCGUCACCACGCUGAUAUCCACCGCGCCACGACGGCGCGUCAUCAGCUUCACCAGGGGACUGCUGACACUCAGGUACCGGGUGUUUGUGCGCCAGUCGUCCACGCUCGAGUACAGCUGGACCACCUACGUGGCCGUGUUCUCGCCGCCGCUGUGGGCGGCGCUGGUGGGCUGCGUGCUGCUCGGUGGCGCCGCCAUGGCGCUGCUCUGCCGGCUGGAGCAGCGCCACCUGCCGCACCUGGCCGCACCUCACGGAGGCACCCACUGGCGGGACGCGGCCCUGUUCUGCAUCGCCGCUCUCUCCCAGCAGGAGCUCAGUAUUUCAUAUCCUUACCGCUAG